UGCUCUAUGACGUGUCUGAUGGAACGUAAUAACAAACAAUCUACAUUGAUCAUGUUUAACAAUAUAAAUAGCUCUCACGCGAUUUGUACUUGCAGCUGUAGCCUCGAUCCCUGUGGGGUUUAAUCUGUACAUACUUACACUAUUAACUGUCCUCAGGAGAGAGUGAAGCGGAUAGUGACUUUCAGAGACACAUUUCCUCAACCAACAAGAGUAGCUCAUUUAAAAGUUGAGUUCAUCGUCUUCCAGGAACUGCAUGUUGAGGUCAUGUGGAGGAAGGCCGUGCUGGUGGCAGUGUUGGCGUUUGGGAUGGGGUACCUGUACCACACUGACCCAGAACUACCAGCCCGCGUGCUGAACUAUGUCAGCGACUCCCUGCCACAGAUGCAGCCGAGCGGUGGGUCAGAGCCCCGCCCCCUGGCCCUGGAGGAAGCCAUCGCCCGCGCUUGGCAGACCCUGAUCACCACUCCUGCCCGCUGCUGGGGCAGAGUCGCUGUUGGGGUAAAUGCCUGUGUAGAUGUGGUGGUGUCUGGGGUGGGGCUCCUCCAGGCUUUAGCGUUGGAACCAGGAUUAGGCAGGGACCAUGAUGUGCUUCACAGCAAAGAGGACCUGAAAGAGGCCUUUAUCCACUACAUGGGGAAAGGUGCCGCUGCAGAACGCUUCUUCUCCGAUAAGGAGGUUUUUCAAAGGAUUGCACGGGCGGCUGCGGAAUAUCCUGGUGCUCAGCUCUAUGUGGGUGGAAACGCUGCUCUGAUUGGCCAGAAACUGGCCUCCAACCCCCAGCUAGCGGUCCUUUUGUGUGGUCCAGUGGGGCCGAAGCUUCAUGAAUUGCUGGAUGAACAGAUCCUGGUCCCGCCCGAAUCUUUGCAGGAGACGGAUGAGUACCACCUUAUCCUGGAGUACAAACCAGGUGAACAGUGGGGUUCCUCACGAGCUCCUCAGGCUAACCGAUUCAUUCUGUCCCAUGACAUGUCCAACGGUGAAAUGAGCGCUCUGGAGAUGUUCGUGGCCAGUCUGGAGGAGUUCCAGCCCGAUCUAGUGGUCCUCUCCGGGCUGCAUAUGAUGGAGGGAAUGGGUCAGGACCUCUGGGAGACCCGACUGAAAGAGGCAGUGGUGGCCAUCUCAGACAUGAGGAACGAGGUGCCCAUCCACCUGGAGCUGGCCAGUAUGACGGACAGAGACUACAUGAACAAAAUCCUGCAGCAGCAGGUCAUGCCCAUUGUAAACUCCAUUGGUCUGAACGAACAGGAGCUGCUGUUUUUGGCACAGUCGGGAGGAGGCCCUCACGGUGACCUCGAUUCCUGGAACGGUAUACCCGACGUGGGCCGCGUCAGUGACAUCAUCCUGUGGGUUCUGGAGCAGCACGGACGGGCAGACCCAGAAUCCGAAGCUGAUCUAACCAGGAUCCAUUUCCACACGCUAGCGUACCACAUCCUGGCCACGGUGGACGGCCACUGGGGGAAUCAAGUAGCAGCGGUGGCCGCGGGCGCCCGUGUCGCUAGCAGUCAAGCGUGCGGUCUUCAAACAGUGGAUAUCACCAAGGUUGUCCUCAAAGCUCCUGUAAAUUUCUACAGUUCUUUCUCAGAACCGAGAGAGAGCCUAACAGUGGACCCAACGACACCAGUCACCGUGUGGCGUAGAGGGAACGUGUCGUUCCAUUUAACGCCCGUCUUGGUGUGCAAACAGCCCCUUAGGACAGUAGGAUUAGGGGAUGCCAUAUCAGCAGAGGGACUUCUGUAUUCCGAGAUCAGGCCGCAGGGUCAAUCUGAACUUUAGGAGUUUCGUAAGAGUUUCUAGUAAUCAAAAUAACAGGACGCGAACACAUUUCCAAGGUGUUCUAGGAACAAGACCUCGCUCUCAAGUUCUGACAUGCAGUUCAAGUGCACUGUCCUCUUCCCAGAGACUUUAUCUACAUUCGUCUGAUAUUCAUAUUUUGAAAGAUUGCACUGGGUGCAAUAAUGUAAACCAGCCUCCACUUAAAAAAGGAUAGUUUACCCAUAAUUGAAGAUUUUCGUCAUUUACUCACACUCAUGUCAUUCCAAGUCGGACUCUUCAGAAUAUUUAGCUGAGUAUCCAAAAGUGUUUUUUAUUUGUAAUGCGGACUGAGGCUGUUGCGCUCCAGAAAUAACAACUAAUUGCCAUUUAAAGUGUUAUAAAAGAAGUCCAUAUGACUAACACUUUAUUCCAAGUCUUCUGAAGCCAUUCAAUGGCGUGUGCGUGGGAGGGAGUGAGUGAGCGUGUGCGUGGGAGGGAGCGAGCGAGCGAGUGUGCGUGGGAGGGAGCGAGUGAGAUUGUGUGGGAGGGAGCGAGCGUGUGCGUGCAAGCGUGUGCGUGCGAGCGUGUGCGCGUGUGUGUGUGCGUGUGUGUGUGUGUGUGUGUGUGUGUGUGUGUGUGUGUGUGUGUGUGUGUGUGUGGGAGUGAGUGAGUGAGUGAGCGUGCGAGUGUGUGGGAGUGAGUGAGCGUGCGAGUGUGUGGGAGUGAGCGAGCGAGUGUGUGAGUGAGUGAGUGAGCGCGUGAGUGUGUGUGGGUGGAACGGACCAACAUUUAGGUCGCUAUCAGUUGAAGAUCUUCCCCACCGUCAACACUCAAAUCGUAAAUCGUUGCUAAUAUGGCGCAUUGAGGCAGACAGUUUAUCGUCAACCUUCUUUUUUCACUAUAUUUGAUUAUAUAAGAGUGACAUGAAGGUGAGUUUAAGAGGAGACGAGCAUCUUGCACUGAUAAACGGCUGCCGAACACCUACGGGUGCUAUUGGGAAGGUCGAAAUGAAAGCAAAAUAAAAUGGAGAAUGCUUUUAAAGUCUUAAACAUUAUCUCCCAAGUACAAAAACUUCCACAAAGCUAAGAGAUUAGUCUCAAACACUCCUUUCAUUUGAUGGUAGAAUAGAUAGGGAAUGAUGAACUUUUAUGUUGGCUUGACAGCCUUUGUCUGAAUUAUUUGUUUAAAGAUAGUCGAGGAGACCUUCAGAAAGAUCUAUAGAUGGAUAGACUUUGUAUUGUAACCUAGAGCCAUGUUAUAGCACACCAUGUUUGUGUUUGUUUACAUUGAGAAAACCAUUAUCCUGAACUGUUAGACAAGAUAUAGCAACAUGAGUCAGAACAGGCUGAAGGUCUGUGCCUAGUUUGGUGGAUGUAGCAAGAAAGCUGUAGGAGUUGAUCAUUGAUCAUUUUGGCCUUGCUUUAGGGAUUUUGGAAAAAGCCUAAACGAGGUCUUUAGAAAGGCUUUUCUAAAUUCUAUUGACUGAUUGCGUAUUGCUUUUUAUUUUGGCUGUUGAUACACCAAAGAUGAGAUUUUUAUUUUAAAAUUUGUUUGGGAGAGUUCACCCAACAAUGAUAAUUCAGCAAAAUGCAUAUAUAUACAUGCAUUAAAUACCACAAAUGACUUUGUUUUAAAUGCAUCUUAAUAUGUGCUCUUAAGGGAGCGUGUGGGAAUAUAGCUGUAGGUUUUUACCAGCUUUACAUGUGAAAAUAAUAUGCAGAGAAAUCUUUCGUUCACUUGAUGACUCUGUUUGUUUACAUUGGACUACUGGUGAAUCAUGUACUGUUGUAGCAUUAAUGAUGACUGUUGGUAUUUUAUAAUACUUCCUGUUUUUAAAAGUCAUGCAGAUCGUGAAUUUGUUGGUUGAUGUUUCUGGCCCUGAUGCUUUACAAUGAUAGUACUUGUACUCAUGUGAGUAGCUCUUGUCUUUCGCUUAAAGUCAAAGUUAAUCAAAAUGGACCCUAUUUACUUGCACAGUGCAUGUCUUGGUCUUAUUGUGCGCGAUUCACAUUAUUCCAAAGAAAAAACGUUGUAUUCAUAAUCUUCACCGAUGUCACCAAUCCCUCUCAACCCUUCCCACUUUUCACCAUCCUAUCAAGUCCCACCCUCCAUUUUUGUUCCCAUUUAUUUGUAUAUUUUUUUUCACCAUUUAUAUAUCUUGAGUUCGCAUUCCCAACUUUUUAAAAACGAUGUACUUCGCCAAUAUUCGGACAUACUUCUACAUGCAUAUAAUUGCAUAUUUAUAGCAACGAUUGCUUGCAUUUUUUGAUUUGUGUGUUUUUUAAAAAAAAAAAAUGGUGUUGCAACUCGCAUUUCUCUUUACGGUUGCACAAAUGAAGAAGUCGAAAGCGAACUGUCGCAAAUUAUUCUUUCAUUACGGCAGGGGCUGCGGGUAAUUUGGCUUCAAACUUCUACUGCUAAUUGGAGUGGUGGUGGUGGUGUAGUGGUCUAAGCACCAUAACUGGUAAUCUGGUAAUCAGAAGGUUGCUAGUUCGAUCCCCACAGUCACCACCAUUGUGUCCUUGAGUAAGACACUUAACUCCAGGUUGCUCCGGGGGGAUUGUCCCUGUAAUAAGUGCUCUGUAAGUCACUUUGGAUAAAAGCGUCUGCCAAAUGCAUAAAUGUAAAUGUAAUGCUAAUUUCAAAAAUACCUGUACAACGGAGACCGUAACCAAUGCUAUAUGUGGGACAAACCCAUUCCAGUCUCGAUACUAUUUAGGACAGAUAGUAUGCGAAUUGCAAUGCCAAGCUACUGUUAUGAAGAGCCGAUCAAUCGGUCAUCGUUUUGUUUGCUUGUUGUUGUUGAGAUUUAACACUGAUUAGAAGCUUUAAAAGCUCAAAAAAACAUUUGAGGGUUUUUAAUGAAUGCAUAAAUCUUUUCUAAUGUUUUCUGAUUGUUUGCACACACAUUCGAGAAAUACUGUGGAUCGCGAACAUCAUGGAUUCAUUUAGUCUUUUUACUGCCGUUCUGUAACACUCCAUGUUGAUUUAAACACUGCUUGUUUCUCAGCCUCUAUUAAGCCGGAACUUGAACAAAAACAUUUGUUUACUGCCCCGUAGUGCUUUAAAACCUUGCAUUUUAAUGCCACUCAAUUUGUCAAAUGUGUCACUACAUUUUUAAAUGUCAUUAUGAUGUCAUAAUGCGUUGCAAUGGCCAAUGUUGUAUAUAGAAUUCAUUUUCAUUGUGAUGUCAUAAUGUGAAAUCUACAAAUGGGUAAACGCACCAUUGUUUGACGCAGUUGUCCGAACAUGUUGUUUAGAGAAACUAGCAAGUUAAUUCAUCCAUGCAAGUUAUAGAACAUAAUAAAAUUGUGAUGUAGUUUGCACAAGUGUUUAUGCAAAGUAUUUUAACAGUUACUGGGCAAAACUAAGUCUUUAAAUCAUAGCAUUAAGGCGGGAAAUAUUUAGCUCGGUUGACUUGAGUAUGGAAUAUUUUUUAUAUAAAUAAAUCUGUUGAUCUAAUUAUGAAUUGGCUUUGUGUUCCCUUUGCAUUAGCAUGCAGUUAUGUU